UGGAUAAUUGGAAGUCUUUAGUUGAGCGGCGACGCUUGCUCCGUGUGGAGCAGCAAAGACCAAAAGAGUCGAAGUCUUCAGACACACUCACGCGUUUCGAAUUGACCUUUCCUGCCGCUACUGCAGACACCUACUUUAUGAUUUUAUUAAAAGUGUAUUAGUAUUAUCAUUAUUAUUUAUUUCGGACGGUGCAAGUAAACAUUGAUUUGCAAAAACCACCCUUCAGAGAGUGCCGUUCAGUUCGUGUUUGUUCAGUGAUUGAGGAAGAGGAGAUUCGUUCAAUGUUUUCGAUCAUAUGUUGUUGGGAUUUCUCAAAUAAUUAGUCAGGAGGAGAUAACUUGUGUUAUUAUGAGUUUAUUUCUGAAGAGGAUGUAAUAGGAUCGGUACGAAAAUGGGGGCGAAUAUGGGAAAGAACACGUCGCUGCUGGAUGCGCUGCCAUCUGGACAGGGAACUCUUCACGUGGUGAUGCUGGGACUGGACUCGGCCGGAAAGACGACGGCUCUUUACCGGCUCAAAUUCGACCAAUACCUGAACACGGUCCCGACGAUCGGCUUCAACUGCGAGAAGGUGAAGGGAAUGAUCGGAAAGGCGAAAGGCAUCAACUUCCUGGUGUGGGACGUCGGCGGUCAGGAGAAGCUGCGACCUCUGUGGAAGUCGUACACGAGGUGCACGGAUGGAAUAGUGUUUGUGUUGGACAGUGUUGAUGUGGAACGUAUGGAGGAGGCCAAAAUGGAACUGAUCCGGACUGUGAAAUCGCCGGAGAACACCGGAGUCCCGAUCCUGGUGCUGGCGAACAAGCAGGAUCUACCGGGAGCUCGAGAACCCAGGGAUCUGGAGAAGCUCUUAGGUCUGACGGAGCUGGGAGGCGGCAGCUCCGGAGGACACCUGUGGCACGUGCAGCCUGCCUGCGCCAUCACCGGGGACGGCCUUCACGAAGGUCUCGAGGUCCUCUACGAAAUGAUCCUCAAACGGAGGAAACUGGCGAAGAUGUGCAAGAAGAAAACGAGCUUUACCGCCUAAGAGACGUCACCUUUGUUGUCUCGGCCGCCACCACCGACGUGGAGGAGCGCCGCGGAUCUUGCCUCAAGACUAACAGUAAAAAAAAUAAAUAAAUAAAUAAACGAAAAAAAAAAUUUGUAAAUCUUUCGAACCGAAAGACGCGGUUCGUCUCGCAUCUUUUUGUACUUUGGAAUUUUCGAUGGAUCUCCAUUCUAUUCAUAUUAAAUAAAUUUAUCGAUCAUCUUCAUUGUUACUUUAAAAAUUGUGAUGAGUCCGUUCAGAGAUUUAAUUAAGUGAAACGAGUUGAUAAUAAUGAAGAGAAGAGUCUGAUAACUCACAUGGGAUGUUUCCAUCUUCUACGACGACGGCGAUGUUAACCGAAAAUCCAAUUUAUUUAGAGAACAAAACAACAACCAUAAAAGAAAAAAACUUAGCUUCUUGCACGCAGAAAGUGAAACCGUAUGUAUGUUUGUUGUUAAGUAGAACCGAGAAAGCAGUGCGAAAACAUCCCGAAUAUUAUUCCCAUGCGCUUUUUUAUAUUAUAUAUUAAUAUAUUAUUACGUAAACAAAUUAAUUACAAUAUGAAUAUAUUUAUGUCGAAAUGUGCAAUUCUAGGUAAUAAGUCGUAACGGGAAGGGAACUUAACCCAAGCAACUCCAUUCAUUAUAGUAAACGUUACCAAUCCAAUACGAACGAUUACAUUAUAAACGCAUUGAAUUAACAAUCAAUUAGCAUGUAGAUCAAUCUACAUACCUUAUUGAGUUAUUAUAAAUAAAAAAAACAAAUUACAUAGAGAACGUUAGCACAGCAAAGGUUAAUUUCCCUUCAAACUGCUUACCUUUCUUCAUCUUCCUCCUCUCUUUUUUUCUAUAGAAAAAAAAA